CACAAAUGCUCUAGCUGCAUGAAAACGAAGCUAGGCGCAACAAAGAAGAAUUUACUAAGUUGUAGUAUACAUUUCAACGUUUUUCAAACCACAUCAUUGCACAAAUAACUGUACAUAUGUAUAUAAGCAUUCAGUGUUUCAGACGCUUUCGCAUUGAUUAUCGGAUUAAACGUAAAACAACAUUUGAGAACUGAUUUUAAAAAAAGCCAUUCAAAACAAUAUGAUGAACAACUCCCAAUCUAGGGCGCCGGAGGUUCCAGAAAAAAAAAAACAGUUUCAAAAGCAGGAGCAAAAAUCCAAUACCGAAGAAAAGCUUAUUUUCGCAGAAAACGCUCUAAAGAGCCAGAUUCAAAUAAAAGAACAGUUGCGACAGCAGCAACAAUCAACAAUGUAUGCGACGUCACUCUCAAACCCUCCAGCCGCUGGAUCAGUUCAUACACAAUUUCUUAAUCAGCCAGCGGAAAGACCGGAUUACUUGCUGAAGGUUAAUUCCCACCAACUUAUUAACUUGACUCCAGCUCAAAAGCAACUAUCGCAAAUGCAACCACCGAUGAGCAAGUCGCCGAUAGGCUUGGGUGCCUCUUAUUCUAACUAUCCAAAUACCAAUGGCAGCAUGGUAUCGAUAAAAAGUGAACAACAGUUGUGUCAAAUAUACAAUUCGCAACAACACUCCGAUUACAUAAUUUCUGAUUAUAUGGACAAAAUUGCGACUCGGAUUAGUUUACUCGAGACAGAGUUAAAGUUUGCUUGGCGUGCAUUGGACUUGCUUUCUACAGAGUACGGAAAGAUUUGGGUUCGUUUGGAGAAGCUUGAAAACAUAUCGAUAGAGCAGCAGUCUGUGGUUAGUAAUCUUAUGGACCUUAUUGGAGCGGCAAAUCAAGAACAGCAGCAAAAUAAUAUCGAAGGACUAGAAUAUUCUUCAUUUCCGGAUGAAGAUCAGUUGCUACCAUUGGUAAUAGAAGAUACUCUGGGUAUAGACAUGGUUUUAGGGGCCGAACAAUCUGAUCAGGACUAUGAUAAAGAACUGAAUUAUGCAGAUCAUAAUCCCUCUGUAGUAACAGAGCAUGCGCAGGUUCGCGACCAGGAUGUGUUUUUAAAUUCAGCUUGUUCAUUAGAUUCUCACAAUUCGUAUCUUGAUUUCGAAAAUGCUGCUUUGAAUGACGAAAGCUUGAACAUUGAAAAUUCAAGCAAGGAAUCGAGAAUUAAACUUUACUCAGAUUCCAACCUUAUGUUAUAUGAGCAGCAGCAAUUUCUGGCAAAUAAUGCUCGUGCCGAACUAAUGAAGGAAUUUAUAAAUGGACGUAGAGUUUUAAAUGAAAUUUCGGCAUCCUCCGGCGCAUCAUCCAAAAUGCCCAGAAAAUGUACCAAAAUCUCACAAUCAAGAGAAGGACUUCAAAAUGACCAAACGUAUGUUGAUUUAGAUAAUGAUCACAUAGGACAGAACAGCAACGAACUAGAUAGCCUUAUUGAAGAUGUUAAGUUUUUUCGUUUAGCGGCCUCUAAAACCGGAGAGGGCGGAAAUCAAGUACUACCAAUUGAAGACACCGGAGGAACGGAAAUUGCAUCUGAUGCCAAUGAAAUGAAUGAAUCCUUUUACAAAAAACUUAACGAGGCAUAUCGUGACAAUGACUUGAGUUCCGAGAUAUUUAAAGUUGAUGCAUUGUUGCAUCAGUCGGAGGUUACCCACGAACAAAUUGCAUCAAUCAGUGGCCACUCCACUUCCUCCUUGGCCUUAAGGAAUCAGGAGGAAAACGGCAAUACAAAAAUGCUGUCAUUAGAUACGGCUAGGACAGGCAUUGCAACGCAGUCAAACACUAAUUUUGGAAAGGAGUCUAGAAAACAUCGCAAAAAAAAGCAUCAUACAAACGAAAUGGACAUGAUAAAUAAACUGAAAUGUAUUCUUGCUCAAGCACAAUCAUCGCGGAUUAUAAGUGAUGACACUGAGGAAUUGAGUACGGAUCUUUUAGAUAUGCGUAAUCAAAUUGAAGCUGGAGCCGAUAAGACACAGAAUGGGUUAGACAGUCUCCGAUCAACAAGUAGUAUCAGCUAUUUUAAUGAUGAUAUCCGAGUAAUAUUAGAUAACAUAACAGAGACUUUAAUAGAGGAAAUAAAUAAGAUUCCAGGCCUUCAAUCCUUAAGUGCACCACAAAUUAGUCAGUUACGCAAUACAGUGUGGUCAGAGGAAAAGUUUUUUCAAAAACUCAGCCAAGUCGAUAAAAAAUUAACUCUGCUUUUACUUAACCCCAUAACUCUAACUGAAGAAUUACGACGGCUUUCCAUUACGAAUACGAAUGAAAAGUUUGUCCUAGUAAUGAAAAAGUUCAAUAAAAAUAUUGACACUUUAAAAAAAUUAGUUGGCAGCUCAUUAGACGAUUUUAAAAAAGAUAAACCGCUUGCAAAUGCGACCUCGUCUCACAGCAUCAAUCCAACUCUCAUAUCAAAUGUUUGUAGUUUCAGUGCACAUUUGUUGAGAAAUAAAUCCGAUCUGGAUGAACAGCUAAAGAUUCUCGAGACACAAGAGAUUGAAAUUAACCGGAAAAAGAAAAUAGACCAAAUUGUAAGCGGGCUUGCUGAGGAAGUGGACAAAUCCUUCAACUCAGAUAUUGAAUGCGAAACCAAUUACGUUUAUACGACCAACUCAAAAGAUGAUUACGGAAGUUCCACAAAAAAUAUUUACAAUGAGGAUGAGUACAUAAAGUCUUUAAAGAAGAGUCUGGAGCGUCACAACAGCAUGAUUUUUCUACUCCAUUUACAAAAUCCUGAGAAGCACAAAGUGUCGACUGAUAUUAAUGAUGUAAUAAUGGAUUCUAAUCAAGCCAGCCUGAGUCCACCACCACCAGCUCCCAACGAUUUCUCCACCUUUAAUCAAUUCAGUGGUGAAAUAGACUUACAUCAACAAAAGAAUGCGAAAUCUGAUUCGGGCCUUUCGUCGAUGAGCGGUUGGUCCCCCAAUUCCCCAGUAUCAGCUGGAAUUCAAAACUUAAAUUUUUUCUGUAAUAAUGUCAUAGAAAAAAAAAAUAGGGAUACACUCCAAGCAUAUCCUUCAUUGCCUUUAGCUGGAAGUUCAAACUUUAAUAGUUUACCGGCCGGCUAUGAUAAAACUAAUAUUAGUAAACAAAACGAUUAUGUAAUAUCGGAAGAAAACUUAAACUAUAUUCAAGAGCUUUCUAAAAACUUACCUAUUUGCUCUGCAUAUGAAAAUAAGUCUAUCUUUGAAAUAAGUUCGGACUCGACCGAAGUCGAAAAUUUUUCAACUGUUGACGAAAUGCUAGAAUGGGACCAGCUCAAUGAACGGGAUAAAACAAAAAUUUCAAGCGAACGGUUGAAUUCUACCCGUAUGCCAGACCUAUUGACCACCCAAAUACCAAAAUCUACUUCAAAGGCUACGGUAAAUAAAAAAUACACAAAUGUGAGUCUUGGAAAUGUCGAACGACCAGAAGAUGUAAAGAUGUCAAGGUAUAGCCACGUGGAAACUUUUUUGGAUCAUGAAAAAUUGCGGAAUCAAACCAGCCGACCUUAUUUGACAGAUAGACUGGUAUUCUAUCCGUCCUCCAACUCUAUUACCGAUUACAAUAGCAGUAAUAAUUUAGAUUAUUUAGGUCACCAGAACCAAAUACGUUUUCUUAAGGAAUCCGGACCCAUACCAGUUCCAUCCCCACAGGUUCAUCUUGAGUAUAAUGCUAAUUAUUCGGAAGCGCAGGUGCCAAUGCUUGUUAGCAAAAACAAUUCAAAUCAAUCGCAGCUCAAUUUCGAAUCUGUAACUAGGGUCAACUCCGCUGAUCCUUCUACGCAUGUCAAGAUACACCAACAGUUUGCAUCAAGGCAUUCGCCUGCUAAGCCCCCAAAGGUAUGGUACAAGCUAAAUACCCUUUUAACAGAUAAUCUAAAGCUUAAGCGUAUAUCGAAGUUUAAUCGAUCACAAUCUUUACCCGGUGAUGUGCAAAGUCAAGGCAAUCAAAGACAGCCUCGUGGCCAGGCGGGUUCGUGUCCGUUAAUUUCUCACAAGCGGCCCAAUGUAAGCGGAAGCCAGGUUCAGUUAUCGAAAAGAUUACAAAAGCUACCGAUGCGACUCAUUCGAAGAGCGACAGGAGCCCCAUUCGUGCGACGACUGUCUCAGCCAGACUGCGCUGUUUCAUCAGAUUCCGCUGCCGAUGAACCCUCUUCAAGUUAUACAGGUGUACAAAAAAAGUCACUUUCAUCUAAGAUGAAUAGCCUAAUGCAAAAGGCGAAGAGUUACAAACGGCACAGCUCUGUCCUGCGCCGCGGCUGUAACAUGUCGGAUACAGAAUUAGACACGCCGGACUUUACUUCAUCGGAUAACGAUAAAAGCUCUUCAUUGGAAAGUAAAAUUAUGACAAAUCAAUACGAGGUUGAUACUGAUGAAGAUUUUAGCCAAACCGCCUAUGCCAAUGAGAACAGGCUGGAAUUAGGUGGUUCUACGGAGGAUUUAAUUGAAAGUCCACCGAAUAAUUUAUUAUUCGCUGUUGUAGGGGACCUUAAAAAGACUCAAAGUCCCAUAUCAACCGUGGCUGUCUCGACAGCCAUUUCUCCUACUGAGCUUGCACAUAGGAAUGGAAUUUGCAAUGUGGAAAAUGUUACCAUUAAAAUGCCAGAGAUACUCUUGGAAACAUCAUCACAGGCUUGCCUUCAAAAACUCAACUCAGUCUAUAUUGACGACGUCGGCGAUGAGAACAUACUUAGAAACUCGGCCAACACUGAUGUGAAUGUUCCCACCCUAAGAAUUCGUAAAACAAUUGAAGAAGAUGGGGAUAUAACAUCAACUACAUUCCUAACAACAGCAACCGCAACAACAACAACAACCGCAGUGACUCGUAAUCUUGGUUCCAGUGGUGUUUUGUGGGUCACGCAACAGUGCCUUGACCUCCCCAACAAUCCUGGCUAUGGGUCGCGGGAAGAUGACGAUAAUCGAAGUCAACAUUCUGCUCGCACUCUCUCUUCCUCGCGUCGACAAAGCACUGAGGAUAGCAUCGACACAGACGACGAAUACUUUUAUUAUGAGCUUCGCCAGCUAGAGGAACAGGAACAGCAACGGGCAGAACUUUCUGGACUUGCAUCUGGCGAACAACGUGAUGAUGAUGAGGUACUAUUUUCACAGAUAGGACAACUUCUCCAAAACGAUAUUAACGGAGGUGACCGAUUUUGUCCUUCUAAUGUCUGUAAGGAUGAAGAAGGAAUUAUUAAUUAUUCCCCAAGUGAAAGUGUAAAGUUACGGAUGUCUGAAGUAUUUAGUGAACUGAAAAGCGUCGUUAAUUUACAUCCUGGCGUAUGUGCUGACGCUACUGCUGAAGGGUUUGCUGUUGCAAAGCCAUCAGGUGAAAAAUUUGCCACAGUCAGUGACAUGCAUAGCGCUUGGCAGGAUGUAAACGGCGAUUUCCAAGCAUCAGAAAUAGAUUCGAAUGACGAUGCCGAGAUGGAGAGUAAAGGCGAGGGGACCGUCCCUUAUCUAAAUAAAAAACAGCGAAAAUUGCGACGAUUAAAGAAGAAAACACGUGAUCGGAAAGUAAAUAUUUCUAACAAUGCAGCCAGUUCAAGUUCGUCUUGCCUUUCUGAAAUUGAAUGUGAGCAAGAAGAACAUAAUGAACUCUUUGAGCAAUGCAUUCCGAAAUUGGAGGCAGACAAAAUAGACAAAUCGACUGCUUCUAGUGAGACAUCAGGACCUGACACGCCGGGAGAUGUAAGCGAUGUUGAGAUAAGCGAAACUGAAAAUGGUAUGAGGGUUGACGGCAAGCCUUCAGAUAAUGACAAUCCAGCGAUUCCCUUAAAUGUGAAUCAAAAGUCUAUAUUACAAUUUGAUGAAGACCUUAGUUUAAAAAACCAGUCCCUGGACACCGCUCAGAAUAAUUCGCAUUUAUUGGAGAAUAUAACAAACGAAUCAGCUUCACCUCAGAGCCUUAAAAAAUUAAUUAGUCAAGAAUCAGAUGUGGAUGGAUCCCAGGUGAUAGGCAGCAAUGGAGCAGCAGGUCUUGGCAGUAGCAAGUGGAAGUUACUAAAAACUUUAAAGGAGCGCAAGAUUGAGGAAAAAAAUAAUCUAGAUAAAAUUAAAGAAGAUGAAAUGACCAAGGACAGGGAAAAGAAUGGCGGUGCCACUGGAGAAGUUGGAUUACGUACCAAUGGACAUCCCGGCGACAAUCCUUUCUAUAGCAAUAUUGACAGUAUGCCGGACAUUCGGCCACGUAGGAAAUCCAUUCCCCUUGUGUCUGAGCUGGUUCUCAAGACGAUGGCCGCUACAAAAAGAAAUGCUGGAUUAACAUCUGCUGUCCCACGUGCAACGCUUAACGACGAAGAACUGAAAAUGCAUGUAUACAAAAAGGCACUACAGGCUCUGAUCUAUCCUAUAUCGUCCACUACGCCCCACAACUUUUUAUUAUGGACGGCAACGUCACCAACAUACUGCUAUGAGUGUGAGGGUCUUUUGUGGGGGAUAGCACGACAAGGGGUGAGAUGUACUGAGUGUGGUGUGAAGUGCCAUGAAAAGUGUAAGGACCUCUUGAACGCUGAUUGCCUUCAACGUGCUGCCGAAAAGAGCUCGAAGCACGGUGCAGAGGACAAGGCUAAUUCAAUCAUUACAGCGAUGAAAGAGCGAAUGAAGCAACGUGAACGAGAGAAACCAGAAAUAUUCGAAUUGAUUAGGAUGACAUUUGGUGUGGAUCCCGAUACACACAUAGAUUCAUUAGAGCAGGCUGAGCACGCAACUGUUGAGGGAACAUCUAAGUGGUCAUGCAAACUAACAAUUACAGUGAUUUGUGCUCAAGGCCUGAUAGCGAAGGAUAAAAGCGGUACCAGUGAUCCAUAUGUGACGGUGCAGGUUAGCAAGGUGAAAAAACGAACGCGAACUAUGCCGCAGGAACUUAACCCUGUGUGGAACGAGAAGUUUCACUUCGAGUGCCACAACUCAUCAGACCGUAUUAAGGUUCGAGUUUGGGACGAAGACAAUGAUCUUAAGUCGAAACUUCGUCAGAAAUUAACUCGAGAGUCUGAUGAUUUUUUGGGCCAAACUAUUAUCGAGGUUCGUACACUCUCUGGCGAAAUGGAUGUAUGGUACAACUUGGAGAAGCGCACAGAUAAAUCCGCUGUGUCGGGCGCUAUUCGGCUUCAUAUAUCUGUUGAAAUAAAGGGCGAGGAGAAGGUAGCUCCCUAUCAUGUACAAUAUACUUGCUUGCACGAGAAUCUGUUUCAUUAUCUUUGUGAAGAAAAUACCGGAAUGGUUAAGUUACCAACUCAAAAAGGUGACGAUGCUUGGAAACUGUAUUUCGAUGAAAUUCCUGAGGAGAUUGUGGACGAGUUUUCUAUGCGGUAUGGAAUCGAGAAUAUCUAUCAAGCUAUGACGCACUUCCAUUGCCUAUCUGCCAAGUACCUUUGUCCCGGAGUUCCAGCUGUAAUGAGUACCCUGCUGGCAAACAUAAACGCUUAUUAUGCUCAUACGACUGCUUCUUCAGCUGUGUCGGCCAGUGAUCGCUUUGCAGCAAGCAAUUUUGGGAAAGAAAAAUUUGUAAAAUUGCUGGACCAGUUGCACAACUCUCUCAGAAUCGAUUUGUCAAUGUACAGAAACAACUUUCCUGCUUCGAGCCCAGAAAAGUUAAUGGAUCUAAAGUCGACAGUCGAUUUAUUGACCAGCAUAACAUUUUUUCGCAUGAAGGUACAAGAGCUGUCUAGUCCGCCGAGAGCGAGUACGGUAGUUAAAGACUGUGUUAAGGCGUGCCUAAGAUCCACCUACCAGUUUUUAUUUGAAAACUGCUAUGAACUUUACAACAGAGAAUUUCAGGUGGAUCCCAACGAAGCAAAACGGGCUCCGGAUGAUCAUGAACCCAAAUUGGAUAGCGUUGACUUCUGGCACAAACUAAUAGCUUUAAUUGUAUCGGUUAUAGACGAAGAUAAAAACAGUUAUGGAACAGUUUUAAACCAAUUUCCUCAGGAACUUAAUAUUGGCCAAUUAUCAGCAUCCUCAAUGUGGCAUCUUUUUGCUGUCGACAUGAAAUACGCACUUGAGGAACACGAACAGCACCGUCUAUGCAAGUCGUCGGCUUACAUGAAUCUACACUUCAGAGUUAAAUGGCUAUAUAGUAACUACGUUAAGGAGGUGCCUCCCUACAAAGGUGCGGUCCCCGACUACCCAGCAUGGUUCGAACCUUUUGUGAUGCAGUGGCUCAACGAAAAUGACGAUGUGUCAUUGGAAUACCUUCACGGCGCAUUUAAACGAGACAAAAAAGACGGGUUUCAAAAGAGCAGCGAGCACGCGCUUUUUUCAAAUUCGGUUGUCGACGUUUUUACGCAAUUGACGCAAUGUUUCGAUGUUGUUAGCAAACUCGAGUGUCCUGAUCCAGAAAUUUGGAAACGUUACAUGAGGCGUUUUGCUAAAACAAUCGUAAAAGUGCUAAUAGCUUAUGCGGAUAUUGUAAAAGUCGAGUUUCCAGAUCAUAUGAAGGAUGAAAGAAUUGCCUGCAUACUUAUGAACAAUAUCCAACAACUAAGAGUGCAGUUGGAAAAAAUGUUUGAGUCUAUGGGAGGGGAUAAGCUAGAAGAGGACGCAGCCAAUAUUUUAAAAGAACUUCAACAGAAUCUGAACUCGGCAUUAGACGAUUUGGCAUCACAAUUCGCCAUCAGUUUGGAGCCCCGAAUAACUCAGUCGGUGCGAGAACUGGGUGACAUGCUACUUUCAAUCAAGGGGGGCAGUGGAACUCUGGCGGCUGGUAACCUAGCAGCCCAAAGAAACGCGGUCGCCGUUGAGGCCGAUGAAGUUUUAAGACCGCUUAUGGAUUUGCUGGAUGGUUCUUUAACUCUUUAUGCCCAAUCAUGUGAAAAAACCGUACUGAAGCGAUUAUUGAAGGAGCUAUGGAAGAUCGUAAUGCGAAUAUUGGAGAAAACAAUUGUUCUACCACCAAUGACUGAUAAAACUAUGAUGUUUAAGCACCUUACUGACAAUGCAAAAAACUUAGCAUCCAAUGCAAAAAUUGAAGACAUGGGACGAUUGUUCAAGUCACAUAUGGCUGGAAAGCAGGAUGUUAAAAGUGCUCUUAGCGGGGUAAUGGACAUAUCAAAGGAAGUCGAAAAAAAUUUAUCACCAAAACAGUGUGCCGUACUUGACGUUGCCUUAGAUACAAUAAAACAAUAUUUCCACGCCGGUGGCAAUGGACUGAAAAAGACAUUUCUUGAAAAAUCGUCCGAGCUGCAAAGUCUACGUUAUGCACUCAGUUUAUAUACGCAAAUGACCGACACACUAAUCAAAACCUUUAUAUCUAGCCAAGUCCACGAGGUUGACCCUGAAAACGCAGAGGAAAGUGUUGGCGAAAUUUCCGUGCAAAUAGACUUAUUUUCACAUCCAGGCACCGGCGAACAUAAAGUAAACGUUAAAGUCGUUGCUGCAAAUGAUCUUAAGUGGCAAAUACCGUCGGGAAUGUUUCGACCAUUCGUUGACAUCAAUCUAAUCGGACCACACCUGCAGGAAAAAAAGAGAAAAUUCGCUACAAAGUCGAAGUCUAACAAUUGGUCACCCAAAUACAACGAAUCAUUUAGUUUCACCAUUGGAAAUGAGGAGCAGUUAGACUUUUUUGAGUUGCACAUUUGCGUUAAGGACUAUUGUUUUGCCCGUGAUGAUAGACUUGUAGGCGUGGCUGUAAUUCCACUAAAGGACAUAUCGGAAAAGGGCUCGGUCGCAUGCUGGUUACCCUUAAUGAGGCGUAUUGAAAUGGACGAGACGGGUUGGACCAUUUUAAGAAUUUUGUCACAACGUAAUAAUGACGAAGUAGCCAAGGAAUUUGUUAAGCUGAAAUCGGAAAUACGGCAGGAGCCAACAAUGGGUACAUAAACAUGGCAGCCCGUAUUACCCAAUCUUCAAAACUUCACCUACAACAUUACAUAUUACAAAAAUCUUAAGUUGGCAAAAGUUUCUUAAUUUUUAAUUAUUUUACUACGAUUCCUAGGCACCAUUCUCAUAUAAACCAAAUCAUACAUAAAAUAUACAAUAUAAAUAUAAAAGUAUCUCUAAACACUAUGGAUGUUAUAAAAGAUAUGUUCUGUGACGUAUACGUGAAUAUCAUGAUUCUAUCACGUUUAUGAAAUGACCCACAUUCAAACCUCCAAAAAUAUAUGUAAUGCCCAAAACAAUAUUAAAAUUUGCACUCAAACUUUUAAAAAACUGAUCAUAUUAACUUCUGGCUAUACACAUAUAAUUUUGUCAACUGAUAAAUCCGCAUACUUUCGUACAUUUGUACAUAAUGCUGGUCGAACGCUAAUAAAUUUAUUUACUAAAUCCAUUUUCAUCUGUACAUUUAAAAAUCACUACACGCACAUUCCUAUUUAUGUAAAUAAGUACCUGUAUAAAUAUUAAUUGGUAAUUCUCGAAAACAUUUGUUAAAGAUACUUCACAUAAACAAUUAGACCAUGUGAAUCCUUAUUUUUUUCUAUUGCAAUAAAAUUUAAAUAGUAUUUAAAUUGUCGAAAUAAAUAUUAAUAUUUCAUCAAAGAUAAAAA